AGAGAGAGAGAGAGAGUGUGCAGGACCAGGCACGACAUAGCUCAACCUUCCGUGGAACAAAUGAGAAGGAAAACUACUCUUUCGUUUGGACUAAAUGACGGCAGACGGACGCCAUUGAAGUGAGAGAGGGUCGCUAAUCGAAACCGCGCGGCGUCGAGGAGGACCAUCGGGACCUCCUCUACCAACACAACAACAACGCCGUCGGAUGGUCGCUGGUUGAGUCCGCCGCUCAGUUUGCUGGCAAAACAACCCACCAAUAAUGCAACGGGACAGCUCUGCAACCACACCUACUUCCUGUCUGUAGAGGAAGAGGCUGUGCCAGGAUGUCUUCUCAUCCCCAGUCUAUGACAACGGGCCGGAGGACUAUGGACACACGGCACCUGCCAAACCCGGCUGCCUUACCAUUGCAGCUCCAGCGGGCACACACUGAAGUGGGAAUGGUGGACUACCACUCCCAUCAUGCCAGAGACUACAGCUCCCACCUGGCUCAACCCCAUCGCCGUCGUCCCUCCUUGCUUUCCGAAUUCCAGCCUGGCAGCGAGAGUUUUUGUUACAGAGGACAAGAGCAGCAUAUCCGCUAUGAGCACAUCUACCUACCAGACCCUGGCAGCCAAUCAGAGAUGGAGUUUGCGGAGAUGAAACGACCUCGUUUGGAGAUAGGUCCAGAUUCUCUGAUGAGACCCUCAUCCCAUCGCCAGCAAUUGCCUCUGGGGGGGCCUGAGGAUCUUGCUAAGGAUCGUGGAAGUUCGAUGGGGAAGCUCGAGCCAAUCUCCCCUGUGAGCCCGGUCCACAUGGACCCUGACUUGGAUCUGGUGCCAGCUCGCUUCUCCAAGGAAGAGCUGAUCCAGAACAUGGACCGAGUAGACCGGGAGAUCACUAUGGUGGAACAGCAGAUCUGCAAGCUUCGCAAAAAACAGCAACAGCUGGAGGAGGAGGCUGCAAAACCUCACGAGCCAGAGCGGUCCAUUUCCCCUCCACCCAGCGAGGCCAAGCAUCGCAGCUUGGUACAGAUCAUCUAUGAUGAGAACAGGAAAAAGGCAGAAGAGGCUCACAGGAUACUGGAAGGGCUCGGACCCAGGGUAGAACUGCCACUAUACAAUCAGCCUUCUGAUACCAAGCAGUACCAUGAAAACAUCAAAAUAAAUCAAGCGAUGAGGAAAAAACUCAUCUUGUACUUCAAAAGAAGAAACCAUGCUCGUAAGCAGUGGGAACAGAAGUUCUGCCAGCGCUAUGACCAAAUGAUGGAAGCCUGGGAGAAGAAGGUGGAGCGCAUUGAAAACAACCCCCGGCGCCGAGCCAAGGAGAGCAAGGUGCGGGAGUACUACGAGAAACAGUUCCCAGAGAUCCGCAAGCAGAGAGAGUUGCAGGAACGAAUGCAGAGCCGUGUCGGGCAGCGAGGAAGUGGAUUGGCCUCUUCUGCGGCGCGCAGUGAACAUGAGGUCUCUGAGAUCAUUGACGGAAUAUCAGAGCACGAGAACACAGAGAAGCAAAUGCGACAGCUGGCAGUCGUCCCUCCAAUGCUGUUUGAUGCCGAGCAGCAGCGCAUCAAGUUCAUCAACAUGAAUGGACUGAUGGAUGACCCCAUGAAGGUGUACAAGGACCGGCAGGUCAUGAACAUGUGGAGCGAGCAAGAAAAGGACACUUUCAGAGAGAAAUUUAUUCAGCACCCUAAAAACUUUGGUUUGAUCGCAUCUUUUCUAGAAAGAAAGACGGUGGCAGAAUGUGUGCUCUUUUAUUAUUUGACCAAAAAGAAUGAGAACUAUAAGAACAUAGUGCGAAGGAACUACAGAAGACGGGGAAGAAGCCAGCACGGACAGCAGCAGCAGCAGCAGCAGCAACAACAGCAACAGCAAGUCAACCGAACCAGCCAGGACGAAAAGGACAAGGAGGAAAAAGAAAAGGCAGAGCCAGAGAGGGAUGACGAAAAAACUGAAGCUGAAGACAAGGAGGAUGGAAUGAAAGAUGAAACUUCUGGAGAAGAUGCAGAGGACAAAGAGCCUGCCGUGGCUGUCAAGGGUCGACGCACAGCCAACAGCCAGGGGCGGCGUAAGGGCCGAAUCACCCGCUCCAUGACCAGCGAAGUAGAGGAGACGACCGCACCGCCUGUCAACAAUGAGCUUGCCAAUCUGGAGAUGAAUGAGAGCUCUCGCUGGACUGAAGAAGAAAUGGAAACUGCCAAAAAAGGUCUUCUCCAAUAUGGUAGGAACUGGUCUGCCAUUGCCAAAAUGGUGGGCUCAAAAACCGUGUCACAGUGCAAGAACUUCUAUUUCAACUACAAAAAGAGGCAAAAACUCGAUGAAAUUUUGCAGCAACAUAAAAUGAAAUCGGAGAAGGAACGAAAGGCUCGGCGCAGGGGCAAAGCACUUCAAAAUGAAGGAGCCACUGCCCAGUUUACUGCAGAGGAGGAGGAGAUGGAGGGCUCGGGGGCUAGUGGCAAUGAAGAAGAGGCACCUGAGGAUGGUGAAGGUGGUGCCAACAACAGUUCAGACACAGAGAGCUUGCCCUCUCCACAUUCAGCUGACGAUACAAAGGCAAAGGAAGAGGGGACUAAGUCGAAAGCAAGCUCCAAUACUGGGGAUAAAGAGGCAUCUGGAUCAGACACAGGGCAGGCCGGAGAUGUAGAACCUCCUGUAAAGGAAGAUGCGGAGAUGUCCAUCAAGCAGGAGAUAAAGACAGAAACAGGGGAGCCAGACAAGGGGCAGACCAAACCAUCACCAAGCAGUGAUGCCUCAGAUCAAAAACCUGCUGCAGCAGAAGGUGAUGAUAUCAAGAACUGUCCUAAGAACUCCAAAAAGGAGCAUGGGACCAAAGCAUGUUCCCAUGGAGACAGUGACUCCAGUGCUACUUGCAGUGCUGAUGAAGUGGAAGAGACGGACAACACAGAAAAGAGCAGAAUAACCUCUCCUCGUCCAAGCCUCUUGAACUACACCCAUGAUGGAGUGAUAUCCUCCCCUUUGCAGAAGCAGAAGCCCAUGGACCUUAAACAACUCAAACAGCGGGCUGCUGCCAUACCACCUAUUAUACCUGAAGCGUCAGUCCAAGGCAGUCAGCGGAGUGCGGGUGCCAAAGCUGUACUGCCCCCCCACGCUCUGGCAUUGUACCAGCAGCAGAUCACCAUGGCUCAUGGGGAGUCGUCUCAGGAGGUCAGACAACAACAACAGCAGCAGCAGCAGCUUUCAGGCCAGCCAGGCAAGCAGCAGCCUUAUACUCAACAAACAGAAAGAGAUAGGGAGGCUCUUCAUAGCAGCAGCCCUCGCAUCCGCCCACGCAGCCCCUGCACCGAUGACAAGGAUGACAAGUUGCAGGCUUUCUCCCCACAUGGUGAGGUUAAGAGACCCGCACUGGGCCCGGAUGACCUAAGGUCCUCCAAUUUAGGUCGACCGACUCUGUCUCCAUUCCCUAUGUCCCCACGAGACAUGGCCAAAAUCAGUCAUGACCAGCACCUGCUCCAGUUUAAUUCGUUCCAGCAAUCGGGCCACCCAGGACUCCCUGGUUUGCCACAGGAUAGUGGAAGGCAAGCAGCAGUCCGACCCCUCAUUAUGCCAGAACCACCGCCUCUUAUUUCUUCAACCAAGCCAGGUGGCUCCAUCACACAGGGAACUCCGGUACAGUUGCACAACCCAGCUCAUGGAUUCGAACAUGGGAAAAUGCCUUCUACUCAAAUGAGCUUGUCUUGGAUGGAUCCGAGGAAAGUUGGCGGCCCAUUUCCUGUGGUCAAGCAAGAACAGUUAUCACCCCGCAGCUCUUCCUUGCAAGCUGACAACCCAUCCACCCAAGGCACAUCCCACGAUGGUACUGGGAGAGCUGUCCAGGGUGGUAGCAUCACUAAGGGUAUUCCAGGGACCAGAAUGCAUCCAGAUUCCUCAGUCUCGUACCGAGGGGGUUCCAUCACUCAAGGGACACCGGCUGAUGUGCUGUAUAAGGGAACCAUAACCCGUUUGAUCACAGAGGACACUGCAAGCCGUGGGGAGAGGGAGCGAGACGACACACUAUCUAAAGGUCAUGUGGUCUAUGAGGGAAUAAGUGGUCACAUCCUCACGUAUGACCGUCCAGUUUCUCAAACCUCUAAAGACGAUGGUAGGGGCUCUGGGCAAGCUGGUGAAAUUCUUGGCCUAAAGCGUCCUUAUGAUGUCAUGGAGGGAGGCAUCUCCCGAGGUCUGCCUAUGAGGGAUUCAUUGUCUGCUUCCAACUGUGAAGGUCUUAUUGGUCGAGCGAUGCCUCAUGACAGAGACAGUCCACACCACACACCUUAUAAAGAUACUCAUCACAUACGUGGCUCAAUCUCACAAGGCAUACCACGCCAUCUGGACCCUCAGGACAGCUACCUGAGGAGAGAGGCCAAGCAAAUGAAAAGAGAGAACUCUCCGCCACGUGGAGGCAGUUCAAUGACGGACCCACUUAAGGGUAGAGAGUCCAUGGUGCCCACAGUGAAGGAGGCUGGGCGCUCUAUCCACCUCAUUCCCAGAGAAGAGCUCAGACAGACUGGCAAGGAGGGCAUGUUAACACAGGGAACUCCCAUGAAACAGGAGGCUGCUGGCUCUGGUAAACGACAUGAUGUGCGCUCGAUCAUCGCCAGUUCACCGCGUUCCUACCAUAACGCACCCCCUCACAUGGAUAUGCGGGCUGAUAGGGGACGCUACGAAGAGGCACCCAAAGGACGACCUAGCGCGGUAGUCAGCACCGCCAGCACAAUAGCCCGUUCUUCUCCCCUUACACUUGGGUCAGAACAGGGAGGCAAGGCCCACCAUAGCCCUGUUGGCUACGACGACAAAGGCACUUUAAGGAACCCCUACCCUGGGCCGUCACAUCGGGGCUCCCCUCUGUCCAGGGAGUCAAGUCAAAGGCAGCAUGAUGGUUCGAGUAAAAAAGAACCUCAGGAGCGUAAAUCUACACCAACUCCGAGGGAGAUGAGUGCUACCAAAUCUCCUCUCCAGGGGGUUCCUGAUCAACAGACCUAUGAGCGCCUGUUGCAGGGCCUUGGAGCCGAUGUGUACCGGCAAAUUCCUUUAGCCUUUGAUCCAGCUGCUUUGUCCCGUGGCAUCCCCAUUGAUCCAGCCUACUAUUUGCCUCGCCAUCUGGCCCCCAAUCCGGCAUACCCUCAUCCCUAUCCCUACCUCAUCCGGGGCUUUCCAGACACUGCAGCCCUCGAGAACCGCCAGACCUUGCUCAAUGACUACAUAACUUCCCAGCAAAUGCACCAGUGGCCUGCAGCGGCUGCUAUGGCUGCCCAGCGCUCAGACAUGCUAAGGGGCCUUACUCCACGAGACCAACCUCUUUCUCUGCCUUACUCUGCAGCCCCUCGUGGAAUCAUCGAUCUAUCUCAGGUGCCACACUUACCUGUCCUGGUCCCUCCCUCAACAACCAGCUCCCCAAUGGAUCGCAUCACCUACAUCCCGGGGGGAAGUACCACCUUCCCUGGCAGGCCUUACACCACUCCCCCAAUCUCACCUGUUGGCUCCUCGCACAUGGGCAAGAUGCAAGGCACAUCCUCAUCUUCAGAACGCGAGCGUGAAAGAGAACGUGAUCGGGAGCGGGAACGAGAUCGGGAGAGAGAACGAGAGAGGGACCGUGAAAGGGAUCGUGACAGAGACAGGGAACGCGACAGAGAAAAGAGUGGAGCAAAUGUGGAGCAUGCUCCCAUUUGGCGACCAGGUACAGAGCAUAGCUUGGCAAGUGGUACCAGUGUAAGACCUUCCUCCCAGCAAUAUAGCCACCAGCAUUCCCCAGUGUCCCCUCGCACUCAGGAGAACGUACAGCAAAGGCCAAGUGUCCUCCACAAUACCGGAAGCAAAAAUCUUUCUGCUGAACACUCCAGCUCCUCUGUCUUACGAGCCAUAUCCUCAGGACCAUCCCGUUACCAAGGUUACCAUGGUCAUCUUCAAAGGACUGGUUUGCCCCCCGAGGCCUAUGCACCCGCCAUGGACUCUAACAUGGCCAAAGAGCGUGAUGGAGGCAAAAACAGGGGAGGUCUACCCAAGCAAGUCCAAGACCAGCAUGGGAUGUCUAGCAAGUCAGACCCAAAGCUUUCUAGCCCCAGCCAGGGAGGAAUAUACCCUUAUUCCUCGGUCUCUGGCCGGCCGCCACACCUGCUGCCUUCCCAGUCGGAUAAUAUCCCUGGCCGUGGAGAAAGUGGUACACCAAGUAGGGAAAAGACUCAAAACAAAGCGAUGUCCAUUCAGGAACAAGAGCUCAGAGCACUCGGUAAGACCACCAUGACUGCGGCCAACUUCAUAAACGCGAUUAUUAUGCGUCAAAUUUCUUGUGAAACGGGGAUGCCAGAGACGGGCUCGCUUGUUGCCAGCAGCACCACUGAUGGUCAGCAGAAGAUAGACUCCCAUGGUCAGUACCGUCCUCCGUCUGAGGAGAGGAUGUCCCCAGGCCAGCAGCCGCCUUCUCCUUGUGUGAAAGGCAGCCAAAGGGUGGUUACCCUGGCUCAGCACAUCAGUGAGGUGAUAACAAAGGACUACACCAGACAGAGUCAGCAGCAGCAGCAGCAAGGUUACCAUGGCUCUCCCAUCCUGGACUUGACACGUCCUCCCAGUGCCUCCCAGCCCCCACCAACCUCCCAGGAGUCUUCACAGGCAGCCCGCUAUCCUGAGAGUCUUGGGGGAGACCGUAACAGAGACCGGUCUCCCAUUCAGCCCAAAACAUCCCCGACCAGUGUCUCCAAUGACGGCAUUGAACCGGUAUCACCUCCUGGAGCCAAUUCUGAACCCGAGGGCCAGGGAGGGGUGUCCUAUCCCAAUGAACAAGAGGAGCAAGGAAUGGGUUCCCGUUCCCCUCCCAACACCUCGCAGCCUCCGGCUUUCUUCAGCAAGCUGACAGAGAGCACUUCAGCUAUCGUGAAUUUAAAGAAGCAGGAAAUGAUGAAAAAGAUGACGGUGGUGGGGAACGACAACGAUUUCAAUACUGGUCAGCCUGGAACUGAAAUCUUCAACAUGCCAGCAUCAACAACUGCUGGACCUGUGAGUGUUCGCAGCCACCCUGCACCAGAGACACCUGGGAACUCCAUCGGUCUGGAGGCCAUUAUAAGAAAGGCCUUAAUGGGCAAAUAUGACGAUCAACCUGAGGACCGCUCUUCAGCCAAUGCUGCUAAUUCACUGACUUCCAGUCUGCCGGUUACUAUGAGCGGAGCUGACGUACGUGCUGAGGACUGUUUCUCACAAGGCGCGGGAAAGCCCUCAAAGGGCAACGGGCGCUCUAAUGGGCGCAAGGCCAAGUCUCCGGGACCUGGCCUGUCAGGGGGAGAGAGACCGUCCUCUGUGUCUUCAGUCCACUCAGAAGGGGACUGUAACAGAAGAACUCCCCUGACCAGCCGAGUCUGGGAGGACCGGCCGUCCUCGACAGGUUCAACUCCCACUCCCUUCCCGUGCAACCCCUUGAUCAUGCGUUUCCCCAGCGGGACAAUUCCGGUUCCAUCCCCGUCAUCCGGCCAACCGGUGGGCCACGUCCCUGCUCAGGGACAAGGCCGCACCUGGGAGGAGGAGCCUAAGCCUCUGCUCAUGUCUCAGUACGAGUCCCUGUCUGACAGCGAGUGACACGCCGCCGUGCAAUCACACACACGCAUACACAUACACACAUACACACAUAAGCGAAACCUCACACACCAUUCCACUCUACAUUUCCUCCAUCACUCCAGGAUUAUCUGAACUCCAUUCUCCUCACUGGCCUUAUCAACACGGGCUCGGCUGACCUGUGCUCAACACGUAGAUGGGAUACUUAAGCGUCAUGGCGGCCACUAGGUCACCAUGGAGGGGACCCACCGGUAUUUCUACCACUACACUAGAACAAGAGCAUGCAAGGGACACGCGGGACAACUUCUUUUUCUCGAUUCUUUUUCUUUUACGUUAUUUUCACUCAGCCCAGUCUUGUGAUUGGACGGCAGUACUUUCGUCGGUUGCUGCAAAGGUGUGCUCUUUUAUCUGCGGUGACGUGUGGGAGGUUCAUAUCAUUGGUUUACAGGGUAAACAUGCUGUUCAAUGCUGAUGUCAGCAAACAUUAGGGAGGCUCCAGAGGAACAGCCGAGGCCUGCUGACGUCAGGCGCGCGACGGCACUGAGACGAGUGACACUUUUCUCGCAGUUUUUAUUUGUAUUUUUUUUAUAUUAACCAUGUUUGUUGACAAAUCGCUUUUUUUUUCCUUUUUCUCGAAUAUGAAGCACUUAGUUGUCGUCAGUGGGAAUCCCGCGUCAUCAUCCUGCUUUUAUUUUAUUUUUUAAAUUAGAGUCUCGCCUGCACCAGCGACAAUCACAUGUGAGCGAUCACGUGACGACAUGAUCAUCAGUCCUUUUGUCUUCAGCUGGCCUGCCAGAAUCCAUCCAGGAGCUUUUAGUGACAGUGUGACUGCAUGGGAGGAGGAGCUCAGCUUUUGUACGUGAAAUAUUCUUAGUGUUAAGUGCCAUUUAUUUUACACGCACAGUACUGAAGUUACCAAGUGACGCACAAUUUCUUCCUUUUUUUUGUUGGUUUCCGGCCACACCCCGUGCUGGAAACUCUAUAAACAGAAGCAAAUGAUAAUGUCUCUUUUCUUCUUCUGGAAGCUUUUAAAGAGCGUCACAUGACAAGUUGUUAUGUCUGCUUCACUAUGCCCGCAAAAAGCAGACGUGCGUAUGGGAUCACCGCGUGUACGACUGUUAUAGGACUACCUCCUGGCCCCCGCCUCCAUCCAUGGUUUAGAUGUCUGCACAAAAGCUCAUCUCAGCCGUCUUUUAUGUCCCCACGUAAAGGUCAAGGUGUUGUACAGUGUCAAGAAGUUAAAGAAUGUGACCGUAAAAAAACAGACUAAGCCAUAUCUAACAGAUGAUGGACUAAAACCUUGUUUUUAAAAACAAAACUCUUUUUAACUUGCCUUUUUUUUUUUUUGUCCAACAGCAAUCUGAGAAUAACAUGAAUAUCUAACGCGGUCCCCACAUGUUGACAAACAGUAUAACAUUGUUCAAAGCUUUUUUUGUUCAUAAUGUUGUUGUUUUUUUUAAUUAUUAUUAUUAUUAUUAUUAUAACCCACUGUAUAAUAGCAAGGAUUGUAUAUAAAAAAAAAACCUGAAUAGAUGUAAAUAUUUAUGUGGCUUGCUUCAAGGUUGGUCUUACAAAAAAAACAUUUAAAAAAAAAAAAAAAAGAAAUAUUCACACGGUUAAAAUCUACAUGCCCACCAGCAAGCUUUGUGGAUAGCAGUGUACAAAUGGACAACAAAAUAAGACACUGCCUUAAUGUUUAAAUAAAAAGCUUAUUGCCA